AUGUCGACACGCAAGCGGCGCGCUCCGGGCUCAGAACCACAAGCCCCAAUGCAGACAUACCCGCAAGACGCCAGCAUACCGACCGAUCAAUACAUGAACUGGAACGAUCCCACAAUGAGUGCUGACAUGGGCGCUUUCAACGAUCCAGCGCUGUUCGACAACUACAAUACAAAUACGAUUAGCAGUGGGCACAACCGGGUAGUUUCGCUGGACGGAAUGCAUGACGCGCCAGAUAUGAGCUCUGGACAGCUGGUCAGGCGAAAUCCCAACCAGCAGCUUGCACCUGCACCGCGGCGGGGGCAGUGGGAUGGCUACCCGAGCCCAACUCAGCAGUGGGACAACAUAGCUGAUGACGAUGAGGAGUUGGACCAGAAGGCCGCAGUUGCGAAGAAGGAUGCGCAAGCGAAAAGGAAGCAGAUUCCGCCGUUUGUGCAAAAACUGAGCAGCUUUCUUGACAACAACAAGAACGAGAACCUCAUCCGGUGGUCAGAUGACGGCAACUCAUUCAUCGUACUGGACGAAGACGAAUUUGCGCGAACGCUCAUCCCAGAACUCUUCAAACACAACAACUAUGCCUCCUUCGUUCGACAGCUGAACAUGUAUGGCUUCCACAAGAAAGUUGGGCUAUCAGACAACUCCAUGAAGGCGAGCGAGACCAAGGCAAAAGCGCCCAGCGAAUACUACAACAAGUACUUUAAGCGCGGGCGGCCGGAGCUGUUGUGGUUGAUUCAGAAGCCCAAGAAUCCUAUGACCGGUCCUAAGCGGAAGCGGGACGACGAGGCCAAGGGUGAUAGCGAUGAAGAGCGCAAAUACGUGCAGGACACUGGUGGUGGUGGCUACAUCGAGGAGUUGACUCCUGUCAGGAGGAGCGACGAUAUGGCCAUGAUCCCGCGUUCAGAGUACAACAGCUUGCGAGUCGAGGUUCGAGAGUUACAGCAACAACAAAAGCUCAUCUCGAAUGUUUUGGGCCAAAUCAAGCGUCAGAACGACGAGCUGUAUUCCCGAGCAACGUCCUUCCAAGCGCUACACGACCGCCACGAGAACUCGAUCAAUGCAAUCCUCACAUUCCUGGCUACGUUCUACAAGCGCGGCCUGGAAGGCAAUACAGGGGGUAUCAAUCUUGCAGACAUGUUCUCUGGGGCGCGCCAGCAGACUCAUGGGAAUGUUGUAGACGUCGGUGAUUACCAGGCGCCAGAAAUGAACAGAUCGCCAUCGUUCCAACGAAAGAAACAGCCUCUGGCGCUCUUGCCGGCUCCAGCACCUGGGAAGGACUAUCUGGCGCCACCUGGUGGCCGCGCAACCACAAUGAGUCCUACGACAAGGCCGAUGCCUAGCCCCAUCACAAGACAGAACAGUCAACAAGCAGUCUUCAGAAGUCCUUCGCACACGAAGCCUCAGUCCUCCACGUCUACUCCGCAGGCGCGUGACGGGUCCUCUUCUAUCCCUCUCCCUAAAGUGGAGUCGCAGUCACCGCAGACCAUGGGACCCCUUCCCGAGGCCGAAGAAAUGCUCUCUGCCAUCCAAGAUGCAAACACCAACGCCGGUCACUCCUCCAGCCAGGCACCACAGUUCGACUUCCCCGCCGCCUUCUCAAAUUACCAAACCGCCGACGGCGCCGUGCCUCUUACAGCCCAACAGCGCAACGAUGUCCUCAGCCUCAUGGCGAACAACACAGCAGCAUCAAACACAAACAACGCGCUGACAAACCCGAAUCCACCCGAGAUGAACAACCUCUUGAACGAUUUGAGCAGAUUCCAGGAGACGCAGCAACAACUCGAGCUUCUGCAGAAGAUGAGCGACCAGCAGAACAGCAGAGUGCAGAGCUUGCAGGAGCGACUGCAACCGUUGAGCCCAAGCGGACAGAUUCCCGGUCUCACAGAGAACAACACGAACUACUUCGGCAACCAGCUCGGCGACCCAAGCCAAUACGAUCUCGACCUCGACUCCUUCGUGCAGGACAACGACUACUUCCCGAACAGCACCUCCCUCCCACCCAACGGCAACGCCACCGACCCCAACAGCGUACUGCCCGACUUCAACUACGACCUGCCGGACACCAAUCCCGGCAUGAGCGGCGGCGGCAACUUCACCGACACCUUUGACUUUGGCACCCACGACGACGGCACCCUGCACGUCGGCGACGCAAACGACGCGCGCGAGAGCGUCAGCUCGUCCGGCACAUCGCCCGCCGCCACGGUCGAGGAAGUCGAGGACGAGACGCGCCGCCGCAGCCCCAAGAGGCGGAGGAAGUAG